CUUCACAAAUUUUCUGCCUCAGAAAUAAGUGUAUCAUUAAAUUUUUCCCUUGUCAAAACAAUGACGAUCAAUGGAACCUCUGUCAGAACCAGUUCAGAUGGAGUCUGGCAAGGGGAAAAUCCUCUCAACUAUGCCUUCCCGUUAUUGAUACUUCAAACAACCUUGGUUCUUUUCACUAGCCGCUUCCUUGCCAUCCUUCUCAAACCCCUCCGACAACCCAAAGUGGUUGCCGAGAUAGUAGGAGGAAUUUUGCUAGGUCCUUCUGCUUUGGGCCGCAACAAAGAUUUCUUGCACGUGUUUUUCCCUGCAUGGAGCACACCAAUACUGGAAUCAGCAGCUAGUAUUGGUCUUCUCUUCUUUCUCUUCCUUGUUGGUCUUGAGCUCGAUCUAACCGCAAUUCGUCAAAGCGGCAAAAAGGCUUUUAGCAUAGCCUUAGCCGGGAUGUCUGUUCCUUUCAUAUUUGCGGCCGCACUUUCAUUACUUCUCCAUAAAGCUGUCAAUGGGGAGGAGAGAGUAAGUAUUGGGCAGUACAUACUGUUCCUAGGCGUGGCUCUUUCCAUCACAGCUUUCCCCGUUCUCGCCCGCAUUCUAGCUGAGCUCAAACUCCUAACAACCCAAGUGGGCCAAACCGCCAUGGCGGCAGCUGCAUUCAACGACCUUGCUGCGUGGAUCUUGUUGGCCUUAGCCGUAGCCGUAGCAAGCAAUGGCUCAAGUGAAGCCCACAAAAACCCACUUAUAUCCAUUUGGGUUCUUAUAUCCGGAGUUGCUUUUGUUGCUUUCAUGCUAAUUCUAGUCCGGCCCCUGAUGAAUUGGUUGGCUAGACAGUGCUCGCCUGAACAUGAUUUUGUCAUCGAUGAAGGUUAUAUAUGCUUGACCCUGUCCGGGGUAAUGUUAUCCGGAUUCAUGACUGACCUUAUAGGAAUCCAUGCAAUAUUUGGUGCUUUUAUAUUUGGACUAACGAUUCCUAAAGGUGAAUUCGCAGCAAAACUGAUCAAAAGGAUUGAGGACUUUGUAGCUGGUCUCCUUCUUCCGCUGUACUUUGCUUCUAGCGGGUUGAAGACGGAUGUGACCAAAAUACGUGGAGUAGAGGCUUGGGGCCUU